UGUGAACUUGGUUUCCUUGUAGUAGUACUAGUAUUACUUUUCACUUAUCACAUAUGGGACAGUUUUAGAAAAUUUCUAUAUAAGGGAUCCACAUUGUUCGAUUCUAAUAAGUUUAAUUAAUAGUAAGCGCAUUAGGCAAUGGCAACCCAAUAUAGUCUACUACUAUGUUUUCUUAACAUACUUGUAUUUUCGGUUCUGGAGAUCACGGGAAGAAAUAAAAUUCCUGGAAUUAUUGUAUUUGGAGACUCUACAGUUGAUGCAGGCAACAACAAUCAAAUUCCAACCUUGGCAAAAGGUAAUUUUCUACCAUACGGACAAGAUUUUGAAGGUGGAAAACCCACCGGAAGGUUUUGCAAUGGUCGGUUGGUAACGGAUUUCUUGUCAGAUAUGUUAGGGAUUAAACAUUCGAUACCCGCAUAUCUGGAUCCAGAUUUUGGUAUUGAAGAUUUUGCUACCGGAGUUACAUUUGCUUCAGCUGGAACUGGUUAUGAUGUUGCUACAUCGAAAGUGUUAGAUGUGAUACCCCUAGCAAAAGAACUGGAAUACUUCAAAGAGUACCUGAAGAAGUUAACAUCCUUGUUUGGAAAGGAUAGCGCAGCAGAGACUGCAAGAGAAUCAUUGUACUUUAUCAGCAUUGGAACGAACGAUUUCAUCGAGAAUUACUUCACUGUCCCAGGACGUUCAUUUCAAUUUACAGUAGCGGAAUACGAGAAUUUUCUCCUUGGUAUUGCGAGAAAUUUCCUUAUCGAACUUUACAGUCUGGGUGCUAGAAAAAUAGGAUUACUCGGGCUUCCUCCUUGUGGUUACCUACCAAUAGCAAAAACUGAGAAUCACGUUUCAGGGAGACCGAAUUUGGAAGAGUUAAAUGAAGCUAGUAAAGAAUUCAAUGUUAAGUUACAAAAUUUGGUAGCAAGUUUGAGUAAAGAGCUUGAGGGGAUCAAAUUGGUGUACGCAGAUAUCUACAAUUCUCUUCUACAUAUUAUUCAAAAUCCAAAUCUAUACGGAUUUGAGAAUGUGGAGGAAGGAUGUUGCGCAACAGGAACAUUUGAGCUUGGGGUUUUAUGCAAAGCGGGAAAUGCUAUAUCUUGCACCGACCCGAGCAAAUACGUAUUUUGGGAUUCAGUACACCCAAGUGAAAAGGUGUAUGGCAUAUUAGCUAAUAUACUGAUGGAUACACUCAUGUCUCAUCUUGUUAAUUAACCAGGUAACAGUGGAGUCAGGGAAGAAAAUGUUAAAGAAACAAAACACAUCCGCAUAUAUAUCAACAUGAUUAUCUGCGUAACUAUAAAGGGUUUAAGAACAAAACAACAAGAAAACCAUUUUUUUUUUUGAAGCAUUCCAAUUUGUUAGUGUAACACUAUCAAUAUGGGUUCCAAUAAAAUAUCUGCCUCCACCCUGUCUCAACAAGUUGGUCAAUUACGUUUUAGUACCCAUGUCAAACUCCUCGAUGGGCAUAUGGACGAAGACCAGUACCGGUUCUUUGCCAUGUGAAAGCCGUUUGGAGUUUCCUAUAUUUUAAUUAGGAGCACCAUUUAUGUUCAAACUCCACCAGUUGCUUCAACUUCAAGAGCGUAACAGUUUGACUGAUGAGCAAUCUCCGAGAUAGGGAAAAUUUUGAACUGUUCUUUCCCUCAGAAGUUAUGAUUAGAGAAAAUGGGCCUUAAUUCUUUUACACCAUUUGAAUUUCAUCACAAAUGACAAAUGAUUUGCACAACACCACUUGUAACACCAUCCUAUAGGUAGGUGGCUAUGGUUUUAAUAAGGCUUUACGUUUGAGUAUACAAAAAUGAUUAACAAACCGAAAAAGUGUACCGCAAAUACACCGUGUAAGAGGGAAGGGGGUCCAUUACUGCCCUUCCCUAUCUAGAUGCUAAGCACGCUAAAAUACUUGCCAUUCGAUCCUCUGCGGGACACAACGAAGUGUAAAAUUUGGGUGUGUCUAUCAUCUCUCUUGAGUAUAUAAGUUUUCAUUUAUGCCUUUACUUUAAUAGCAUUCUUUCCAAGAGCAAGGCUAUGGAAUAAAGGAUCAUGCCAUGGCGCCUAUCGUGUUCAAAAACUAAAACGCUAAAGUAUAGACUCCAGUUGAGAUGGUUUGUUUCAUCCAGUUUUAUGGAGAUAAAAUGUGUAGUGUUUUGAAGAGGAAAGCAGAUAGUGAUUUUAAUGUAAAGUUGUAGUCGAGCAAGUAAUGCAUAAAGAGUAACAUUAAUGUAAUAAAGGAGGUUGUUGGUAGUUAGUUAAUAUCUUGGUAUAUCUGGUGGUUGUUGCUGAUGUUUUGAGAAAAGAUACGAGAUAACUGAAACUCCGUUCUCGUAUGAGACAGUACUAUUAUGGGUGCUGAGACGGAGAAAUAUGUAUUGGAUUUGGCUGAAAAAAAUAAUUGAAGCAAAAUGUACCCUAUA